CGUCGUGACGCGUUCCAUUGUUAGUAUCGCAGGCAGGUACGACGUAGGUAUACAUCAAUUUCUAUAUGUCGUGCAACUCAUAAUUAUGUCACGAAUAAGCGUGCAAGAUGGUUCAAGAGCCAGUGUCUUUGGUAAUUUGGAUGACUACGAUGACAGUAGUUCCGAGUUCGAUGAUACUGAAGAAGAAAGUUCGCAGAAAGAUCUUGCACCAUGGGACUUGUUCAAAACUUUUCCUGCGCCUUCGAGAGAUGGGUCUAUGCAGAAUAAUCAUUUUUUGGAUAAGAUCAUUUGGACAAUAAAAAUAUUUGUUUACGGCUUGCUAUUCGCUAUAGUUUUUUGUGGUGCUGUUGCAGCUAAAUCAAUUGUUCUAUUUGCGACAUCGCAUUUGCAGAAGAUUCGAUUAUUGCCUCAUUGCGAUUAUAAUCUAGAGAUUGAAGGACAUAGAUAUAUAAUGGAACAUAUUCAAGAUGGCCGUAUAGAAUGGACUUGGUGUCUGAUUUUGAUAUUUCUUGUGCCGGAAUGCAUCGGGCUAUUAGACGCCUUAUGGCAUUAUUUCUUUAAGAAGAAACCUGAAAUGCCAACAAUCCAAAGUAUUCUACUUCUCAUAAUGAUAGAAACAGGACAUACGAUCGGACUAGUGUUGUUGACUUUUGUUAUUCUACCGGAUAUUGGCGCAGUGCAAGGUGCUGCUAUUUUCUGUUGCCUCUGCUUCAUACCAGCAUUAUUAAAUUUACUUUCGCAAAACAGAAAGAAUCGGAAUUUAACGGCAAAGAAGUUUACAUUGUUUAUCAUUUGCGAUGUGCUGUCAUUGAUUGCACAACUCAGUGGAAUGUUUUUAUGGCCCUUGAUUGAGCAUGACGUUCAUAAAACUUCUACAUGGGUCUUUCCCAUUGCAUUGCUGCUAUGCUCGAGUCGUUGGUGGGGUAAUUUUGUAUCGUCCUACAGCAAUAUCGGUCUAGUGCGUUACUUGUCAUCUGUGAAAAAGAAUCUUGAAGCAGGCCAACACAUUAUACAAGGAGGAGUAUCCAUUUGGAGAACGUUUAUUUUCAUCGCAGGCGCUCUUACCGUCAGUAUGUGUAAUGGGAUAAACGCUCAAGACUUCUUCUCACCUAAAUUUCACGAAAUAUUUACAAACAGCUCUAUACCUCUUUAUGUUUUGGUGAUUCAAUCUAUCUGUGCCAUAAUUGUGUACCAGGCUUGUAAAUUCGCCUACAGAAGUCAAAUGCAUCAAUUUGGUUUCGCAUUUCCAACGAGUUUAGUCAGUCUUGGAACAAUGUGUUUGAUCGUAGCAAUAUGCAUUGCCAGGAAUAAAGACACUUGUGCCUUUUAUAAUCUUGUACCGGAUUAUCUUUUCUUCGGAGAUACUACGUUUAAAGAUUGGACCGAGUUCUUCUCCAGCUGGUAUGUUUGGUGCUGGCCAAUAUGGCUGUUAUCACAAAUAUGGAUCACGAUGCAUUUGUGGACCACCGAAAAUGAAAGAUUAGCGCAAGUAGAGAAAAUAUUCUCCACGAUCAUUUACGAUUCACUUAUGAUUGAUCAAUGUUUAGCUUUGAAUAGAAGAACACAGUAUGAAAAUAUUAAUGAAGAUGAUAAGAGGAUCAACGAUAAUACUAAAUUUUCAAACGGUGUCCUGAAAAGUGAAACUAUUGAUAUAAGUUUAAGUGAUGGAAUAAUUGAACAGGACCUGGGCAAUAUUGAUCUGGACAUAACAGGUAGUAAGCGCAAGGACCGAGUCACGAGAAUUUAUGCAUGUGCCACAAUGUGGCACGAAGAGAAAAAUGAGAUGAAUCAGUUGGUAAACAGCAUCUUGCGAUUAGACAAAGAUCAGUGCGCAAUGCGCGUUACGCAGAAACAUUAUAAGGUUUACAUCAAGGAUUAUUACGAACUGGAAACGCAUAUUUUCUUCGACGACGCGUUUUGUUGCAUGCAUGGCUGUAUUGGUUUAUGUGACCACGAUGAGAAUGAGACACAAGUCAAUCAAUAUGUAGUAAUGCUGGUGGAGACGGUUCAAAGAAAUGUGGAGAACAUGUAUAUGCGUUCUUCGCCUCCCAACAAAUACCCAACACCUUAUGGUGGUCGUCUCAUGUGGACAUUACCAGGAAAAACUCAACUGAUAGUUCAUCUAAAGGAUAGUAAUAAGAUUAGACAAAGAAAACGAUGGAGCCAGGUCAUGUACAUGUAUUAUCUUCUGGGCUAUCGUUUGAUGGCAUUGCCAAUCGACGUAAAUCGGAAAGAGAUCAUCGCUGAGAACACAUACAUUCUUACGCUAGAUGGGGACAUUGACUUUCAACCAUCGGCUGUUAAAGUUCUGGUAGAUUUAAUGAAAAAAGAUAAAGAUCUCGGUGCUGCAUGUGGUCGGAUACAUCCAAUCGGAUCAGGUCCAAUAGUUUGGAUACAAAAGUUCGAGUAUGCUAUCGGUCAUUGGCUACAGAAAUCUACGGAGCACACGAUCGGUUGUGUUCUGUGUAGUCCUGGUUGUUUCUCCUUGUUUAGAGCGAAUGCAUUGAUGCAAAAUAAUGUGAUGGCAAAAUACGCCACCAAGUCAACCGAGGCCAGACACUACAUUCAGUACGAUCAAGGUGAGGAUCGAUGGCUCUGCACAUUGUUGCUCCAAGUGGGUUCACGAGUCGAGUAUUCAGCAGCUAGUGAUGCGUAUACUCAUGCACCGGAAGUUUUUACAGACGUAUUCGUACAACGUCGCAGGUGGAUUCCUUCUACUCUCGCGAAUAUAUUUGAUUUACUGAUGACAGCCAGACUAACGAGAAAAAAAAACAAUGAUAUCUCGUGGUUAUAUAUCGCUUAUCAAUGGGUUCUGAUGGGGAGUACAAUCCUAGGACCUGGUACGAUAUUCUUGAUGUUGGUCGGUGCAUUUGUUGCCGCUUUUCAUAUCGAUAAUUGGACCAGUUUUUGGUAUAAUCUAAUUCCAAUUGGUGUAUUCGUUGGAGUUUGUUUUACUUGCAAGGAGCGCAUACAGUUAUUAGUGGCCGAGAUCAUCAGCGUUAUUUACGGACUGGUGAUGAUAAUCGUUCUGGUAGGAAUCAUGUUGCAAAUUGCGGAAGAUGGAUGGCUUGCACCUAGCAGUCUUCUCUUUUUCAUUGUUGCGAUGCAACUAAUAGUGGCUGGUCUAUUACACCCUCAAGAAUGGACAUGCCUAUUGUGUGGCGUUAUUUAUUACAUUACUGUACCGUCCAUGUACAUGUUGCUGAUCAUUUUCUCCAUUUUCAAUGUGCAUAACGUCACAUGGGGUACGAGAGAAAAGAAGAAAAAUAUUUCUCAAGAAGAACAAAAGUCACCGAAAAUUGGCAAUUCGGAAAAUAUGAUAGGAAAAUGGAACAAUCAAAAUAGGAAUCAAAAAGAUGGUUCAUUCGAUUUUUCCUUGGGAAAUCUCUUCAGAUGUGUCUGUUGCAUUAAUACGAGGAUCAGUCAUGAAGAGAGGCGGCUAAAUGAAAUUAACGACUCCUUGCAGCAAAUAGACAAACGUUUGAAGUUAUUGGAUAGAUUAGUGCAUAUGGAGACUAGCGGCAUUAUCCAAUCGUCCUCUCAUCCUAAUAAAUACAUAAGAUCGUAUUCACCGAUAGAAGAUACAAUGGAAGCGAAAUUAUGUCAGGACAUUGAGCUUCAACAUAUAAAAGACGAUAAUAAGAGCGAGAAUGGGGACGUUGACGAAGACAGCGACGUUUUGACGCAAAUGUCAAUGACUUCGAGUCAUGAACCCUCCAGUUUCCUCAUCAGUCCUUACUGGCUCCAAGACGAAAGAAUGCGAAAGGGUGAGGUAGAUUUUUUGUCGAAUCGUGAAGAGGAAUUCUGGAAAGAAUUGAUAGAAAAAUAUUUGCGACCUAUUGAAACCGAUGAAAAAAGUCAGAAAAAGAUAGCUCAGGAAUUAAUGAACUGUCGAAACGCAUAUUUGCUGAGGUUCUUCAUGUUAAAUGCCUUAUUUGUGCUAAUCGUGUUCCUUAUGCAGUUGAAUAAAGAGAUACUGCAUCUGCAAUGGCCAUUGAGUAUGAAAUAUAAUGUUACAUACGAUGAAAAAAGAAAUGAGGUGCAUGUGACAAAACAAUAUUUGAGGCUCGAACCCAUUGGUUGUUUAUUUAUUAUCGGAUUUGUCAGCAUAUUAGGCAUUCAAUUUGUUUCUAUGCUGAUUCAUCGAUUUGACACAUUUACCCAUGUGCUUGCUAACAUGAAGAUCAAACUUUGUUGUACUAAAAUGACUUCUGAAGACAGUACUGUUGAGAAGGAUGCUAAUGUUAUAGCACAAGGACUUCAACGUAUGGCAGAGGAUGAAAUAACCGAUGAAUAUAGACGAACUACCAUGACUGCUUCUAAUAGAAGAAGAACUGUGCACGAAUUAACAGAGAAUUCACAAUCACCGUUGAGGAAAGUCGGAAAUUUUGAAAGAUUGUUUCGACGAAAACUCCGUAACCCAAAUUUAUCAGGUUUAUCAGAACAUGUUUCCUCACGAAUGUCCAAGGGCGCAUUCAGCGCUUUCGAACGAAGACGAUCAACAAUUUUAGCAAAAAGAAAAAAGAUACAACCUCAAAAAUCGUAUGAUAUUUAUGAUGAUACUAAUAGUUUAAGGAGACCAUCAGAUACUCAGCUUCCAACAAUAUUGGAUGCGAAUCAAUUUCAAUAUGAUAACCCUGCAUUCAGACACGAUGAGAAUCUAUGAGAAUUUCUAAUUAUA